AUGACUCAGGUUUUUGCAGAACAUUUUUUUGGUGCUGCUGAAGUGAUUGUUCUCACAGCGAUGGCCUAUGACCGGUACGUGGCCAUCUGUAAACCUUUACACUAUGUGACCAUCAUGAGUAGGCGUAUGUGUUUAUUACUUGCAGGCGUGGCCUGGGCAGGAGGAUUCCUGCACUCUAUCACCCAAAUGUUCUUCAUUUUACCAUUACCAUUCUGUGGCUCCAAUGUAAUCAAUCAUUUCAUGUGUGACUUGUACCCUUUGCUGGAACUGGCCUGUACUGAUACACAUGACCUGGGUUUUAUGGUGAUAGCCAAUAGUGGGUUCAUUUGUAUUUUAAUUUUUUUCCUCUUACUUGUCUCUUACGGGUCAUCCUAUACCCUGAGGACAUACAGCACAGAAGGACGAAGGAAAGCCCUCUCCACUUGUAGUUCCCAUAUCACAGUUGUGCUUAUGUUAUUCAUUCCUUGCAUAUUUGAGUAUGCAAGGCCUCUCACCACUUUCUCCUUCGAUAAGAUGGUAGAAAUAUUUUACACUAUUCUGACACCUUUUUUAAACCCCUUCAUCUAUACCUUUAGAAAUAUGGAGGUAAAAAAUGCCAUGAGGCAAUUGUAUUGUAGUAAAGUAUUUUUUAUUAAAAAAUAA